AUGACGCCCUCGCUCUCCUGCUCCAACAAGUGCGUCUUCUGCUGGCGUCACGGCACCAACCCAGUCGGCACCUCCUGGCGCUGGGUCGUCGACCCUCCAGACCUCAUAUUCAACGGCAUCAAGGAGAAUCAGUACAAGAAAAUCAAGUUGAGACAGAAGGAGCUCCUUGACCGUGAUGUGGUUGAGCAUGAGCGGGAGAUACGGGAACUAGAAGCUUUGGAGGAUCGCUGA